AUGCGUUUCUUCGUUGUAGCGUUCAGUGUCGUUGCGCUUUUCGCCAUUUCUGUGACAGCGGGAGAGGAACAACUGCAACAGCUGGCAGCUGCUCUACCCUCUUGUGCGGUAAGUAGUGGAAUAUUCCCCGUUGCCUUGAAUAUUAGCUUGACGAAAACUGACAUUGACAAGCUCGAGUGUAUGCAAAUUUCACUGCCGCAAUCCUCCUGCGCAAUUACUGAUCAGAAGUGCCAAUGUACGGAUGUCACCUAUACUGCGACCCUUGAGCGAUGCGUCGCCACCACUUGCACGAUCCGUCAAUCACUGACUACCAAAAAUGUCACGAGCUCGGCUUGUGGAGCUCCGCUUCGAGAUCGAAGUAAGCUUGUUUCAUAUUUUGGACUCGGUGGUGGCAUUCUAGCACUCAUUGCUUUUAUCCUUCGGAUGGUGGCACGGCUCAGGUGCUGUGGUGGUACUUUUGGCAUGGAUGACUGGACGAUGAUGUUGACGAUGUGUCUUGUUGUUCCAAUAUCCGCACUUUCGGUCGUUUUGGCCGACGCGGGUUUAGGAAGAGAUAUGUGGACACUCCCUUUCGAAAACAUCACGAGAAUCCUUUAUAUUUACUUCUGGGAUGAAUUGAUCUAUCUGUCAAUUCUGCCAUUAACCAAAAUCUCCAUCUGCUGCUUCUACCUUCGCAUCUUUCCCGACCGGCGCCUCCGGAUAGCAACAUAUAUUGCCAUCGCAUUAAACUUGAGUUACUUGAUUGCCUUUGUCUUAAUUUCGGUGUUUCAAUGUCGGCCACUACCUGGCGCAUGGCUCCAUUGGGACGGAGAGGGCAAUUUUAAAUGCAACCAUAUCAAUGCACAGGGAUGGGCAGCGGCAAUCAUCAACAUGGUGCUUGAUAUAUUGGUCAUGGUUCUGCCAUUACGGCAGCUUUACAAGCUAAAUCUUUCCGUCAGGAAGAAGGUAUACGUGAUGUGCAUGUUUAGUCUGGGUAUCUUUGUGACUCUUGUGAGCAUCCUGCGCCUAAACUCACUCAUUCAUUUUGCCAGCACCACAAACUUGACAUGGGACUACGUGAGCGUUGGCUACUGGUCUACCAUUGAAGUUGACGUGGGUAUUAUCUGUUCAUGUCUCCCUGCUAUUCGUUCUUUACUCCGCCGAGUCUCACCUGGAUUAUUUGGCGACACGGAAAACACUAAAUCGUAUGGGAUGAACUCUCGCUCUCAUGGAACUGGGUCUCGAUUUGAAGGAGCACUUCACGUCCAAAGCAAGAGUGGUGACCGGCAUUUCUACCCCCUUGAUGAUAUGGACACUUCGAGUGAUAGCCGGCUACACCAUUAG